CCACACACUGGACCAACCGCCCUGCGGCCUUCCGGGCCUCAGAGCCGCCCGAGGGCACCGGGCGGCUUGGAGCCCGAGGGAGUGCUGGAGUAAAACAUGGCGCAUUCCCAAAGUCGCCGCCUCACCUUGCAGACACUCACGUUGUAAUCCUUAAAUCUCCUUAGGCUCCUGGGGAAUAGAUAAUUAUUCAUGAAGAUGGCUUACAGGGUCAUAAACAGAAGAAGGCAUGUGGGACUUCAACAACUUUCAUCAUUUGCACAAACAGGAAGAAGCUUCCUAGGUCCAGUAAAAGCCACCAAGUUUAUUACAGAUGCAGACUGUCAUGAAAGUGUGUUAAUCAGCUCAACAGUCAGGCUUCUUGAAGGAUUGGAUUUAACCUGUGCAGUGGGGCACCUUCUCAACGAAGCAGUUCAAGCUCAGAAUGACACAUACAAAAUUGGAACCAGCACUCUUUUGUUUCUUGCUGGUGCAUGGAGCAGGGCUGUUGAAGAUUGUCUCCACUUGGGGAUUCCCACUACAGUAAUAGUGUCAGUAAUGUCAGAAGGCUUGGACUCUUGCAUCGAAGCAGUACUUUCCCUGCAAGUACCCAUACACAGUGUGUUUGACCACACGCACAACACAAGUACAGUUUGCAAACUUGACACAGUUGAUGUUAGUUUGCGUCCUUUUGCACAAGUCCCUUCAGGUUCUGAGUUGUUACAGGAAAAGCAUGAUUUCAAAGAUGCUACAUCUAAGUUACUGUUCACUUACAGUCUUUCUGGGAGACAUGCUAAGUCACCCAAAUUCUUCAAACCUCAAGCUAAAGUUGAAACAGAAAAAAACACAUCACAAGCUCUGAAAAACAAUCUAUAUACAGAUUCCUUCUGCAGAAAGUCAGCACUAACUCACAGUAGGCAUUUUAAUAGGACAGAUAAUAGCCACUGGAUAAGCAGACCUGAUGGAUUUCUAGAACAACUUGAAUCAACUCCAAAACAACUUAAAUGUAGUGGUUUGGAGGAGUUAGCAGCUGGCUUGAGCCAUGGAGAUCACAGCAGCAUGACAUUGGCCAAAGUAGCAGUGAGGCUGCAGUGGCAGACUCUGUGUCUGCAGCAAACCAACUGUACGGCACCCUUCAUGUUUGAUAUUUCCCGACUCCUCACUUGCUGUGUCCCAGGUUUACCUGAAACUUUUUCCUGUGUUUGUCUAGGAUAUGUCACUUCUGUAACCAUGUCUAGUAUUACUCUGAUCGAAGAAUUGCAGGAUCAGCCUUUCCAGGUGAUUCUUAUUGAGGGUGACCUCACAGAGAAUUACCGCCACCUGGGAUUUAAUAAGUCUGUAAAUAUUAAGACCAAAUUGGAUAGUGGAGAGUUUUCAGAAGAUAGUGCAGAAGAGCUGUGGACAAAUCAUGUGUUACAGGUGUUAAUUCAGUUCAAUGUGAACCUUAUCUUGGUACGAGGAAGUGUAUCUGAACACUUGACUGAAAAAUGCAGGCACAGUAAGCGGCUGGUAAUUGGGUCAGUAAGUGGCAGUGUGUUACAGGCAUUUGCAGAGGCCACCGGAGCAGUGCCAGUGGCCUAUGUCACACAAGUGCAUGAGGACUGUGUAGGCAGCGGGGUCUCUGUGACCUUCUGGACGAGUCCUCAUGAUAUAAACAGGAGCAGCAGAAUGGCAAUCUUGCUAACAGCAGAAGGAAUUAAUUUGAUUACAGCAGUACUCACUAGUCCAGCAAGUACUCAGAUGAAAACCAAGGAAGACAGGUUCUGGUCUUGUGUUUAUCGCUUACAUCAUGCCCUGAAAGAGGGGAAGGUCCUCCUUGGAGGUGGUGCUGUUGAACUUUUAUGUCUUAGCCAUCUUCAAAUUCUUGCUGAGCAAUCUUUAAAUAAAGGAAACCAUGCUUGUUUAGGAUGGCUUCCUGAUUCUUCUUCUUGGAUGGCCUCAUCUCUGUCAGUCUACAGACCUACUGUGCUGAAGUGCCUGGCAGGAGGGUGGCAUGAAUUCUUGUCAGCUGUCAUGUGUAACACUGCCACUCAACCUUCAGCAGUGGAAGCUAGCACAUUCAUUCAACAUCAUGUACAGAAUGCCACCAACUCUGGCUCUCCUUCAUCUUACAUCUUGAGUGAAUAUAGUAAACUAAGUAGUGGACUUUUUCAUUCAGAUGUUUCAGAUAACCUGGAGCUGGUUCCAAGAGUUUAUGAUACUGUUACACCAAAGAUUGAAGCAUGGCGCCGAGCAUUGGAUUUAGUGCUCUUAGUGCUUCAGACAGACAGUGAAAUAAUUACUGGACUUGUACACACACAGAUGAAUUCACAGGAAUUAGAUGGAGUCUUAUUUUUGUAGUGUGUGUGUGCAGGCGUGCAUGCAUGUGUGUGCAUGGACACGUACAUGGGUGCCUGAGGAGGCCAGAAGAGGGGAUCGAAUCCCUGGGAGCUAUAAUUAUAGGUAAUUAUAAGCCACCCAACAGUGGGUGCUGGAAACCCAGCCAUACAAGAGCAACAAGCACUUUUGAGCCAUUUCUCCAGACUCAAUAAAUUCUAAUAAAUCAUAGUGUGUAAAUUACCAGCUAUUGCCAAGAAUAAAAGUUGAUGUCUAUUGAUAA